AUGAUUUGGAAAGAAUCAAGACGGCAAUCCUUGAAAUAUCCUGAGUUGGAUCCACCAUUUGGUUUAACGGAACAAAAAUAUAUUUGGUUAACUUUGUUGGCAAAAAAAUGUCAAUAUUGUGAUGGAUUAUACGAAAGAUUUUAUUACGAAAUUUGGCCAUCAAUGAUUAUUUGUUGCGGAAGUUGUUUUAGUGAAAAAACUAUACAAUUAUCGCUACGUAAUCCACCAUCAUCAAUUCCAAAAAUAGUGUUUUCACUCAUUCCCUCAACAAAAUGUUAUAAUCCAUCAGUUUUCUAUCAAAAAUUUAUUGGAAAUCUGAUAUAA